CCCACCCUGCCCCUGCCUCGGCCCGGCGCCCCCAAGCUGCGGCCCCUUCCCAGAGCAGGGGCCGGCGGCCGCGGCGGGGCGGGCGCCGCGCGGGGGCAGGGCGGGCGUAUUCAAUGGAAGUAUGUUACCAGCUGCCGGUGCUGCCCCUGGACAGGCCGGUCCCCCAGCACGUCCUCAGCCGCCGAGGAGCCAUCAGCUUCAGCUCCAGCUCCGCGCUCUUCGGCUGCCCCAAUCCCCGGCAACUCUCACAGAGGCGUGGAGCAAUUUCCUAUGACAGUUCUGAUCAGACUGCAUUGUACAUUCGUAUGCUAGGAGAUGUACGUGUAAGGAGUCGAGCAGGAUUUGAAUCAGAAAGAAGAGGUUCUCAUCCGUAUAUUGAUUUUCGUAUUUUUCAUGCUCAAUCUGAAAUUGAAGUUUCUGUGUCUGCAAGGAAUAUCAGAAGGUUACUAAGUUUCCAGCGGUAUCUUAGAUCUUCUCGCUUUUUUCGUGGUACUACCGUUUCAAAUUCUCUAAACAUCUUAGAUGAUGAUUAUAAUGGACAAGCCAAGUGUAUGCUGGAAAAAGUUGGAAAUUGGAAUUUUGAUAUCUUUCUAUUUGAUAGACUAACAAAUGGAAAUAGUCUAGUAAGUUUAACCUUUCAUUUAUUUAGUCUUCAUGGAUUAAUUGAGUACUUCCAUUUAGAUAUGAUGAAACUUCGUAGAUUUUUAGUCAUGAUUCAAGAAGAUUACCACAGUCAAAACCCUUACCACAACGCGGUCCACGCCGCAGAUGUUACUCAGGCCAUGCACUGUUACUUAAAAGAACCUAAGCUUGCCAGCUCUGUAACCCCUUGGGAUGUCUUGCUGAGCUUAAUUGCGGCUGCCACUCAUGAUCUGGACCAUCCAGGUGUUAAUCAGCCUUUCCUUAUUAAAACUAACCAUUAUCUGGCAACUUUAUACAAGAAUACCUCAGUACUGGAAAAUCACCACUGGAGAUCUGCAGUGGGAUUAUUGAGAGAAUCUGGCUUAUUCUCACAUAUGCCACCAGAAAGCAGGCAACAAAUGGAGACUCAGAUAGGUGCUUUGAUACUAGCCACAGACAUCAGUCGCCAAAAUGAGUAUCUGUCAUUGUUCAGGUCCCAUUUGGACAGAGGUGACUUACGUCUUGAAGAUACCAGGCAUAGGCAUUUGGUUUUACAGAUGGCUUUGAAAUGUGCUGAUAUUUGUAACCCAUGUCGGACCUGGGAAUUAAGCAAGCAGUGGAGUGAAAAAGUAACAGAGGAAUUCUUCCAUCAAGGAGACAUAGAGAAGAAGUAUCACUUGGGUGUGAGUCCGCUCUGUGAUCGUCAGACUGAGUCUGUAGCCAACAUCCAGAUUGGUAACUAUAUGCACUCCCAGCUGGUUAGAAAAACGCCGGUGUUAAUUUUGCCAAGAAGAGAUCUACACUUGAAAUAUAAAUUGUUAAAAUUGUGCUCAUUUCAAUUUUUUAAUUUAAGACAUUUUACUAAUUUUUCCUGUUUUGGGCUCUAUAAUGUACCCAAAUAUAAUUUGAUCUUAGGUUAUACAAACCAUAAUUUUUGCAAAGCAGGUAGCAGUGACUUUGUUCUAUAACUGACCGAAUGCAUGGUGUGCCAUGUGGAAGCUUCUUUUGCCUAAUUCUGGGGUUGCCGUUCUAAAAUGAGGAGGACGAUCACUGAGCACGAUUAUAAUGUGAAGUCUGUUUUGUGCUGGGGCUUCCUUUCCUCUGUCCCGGCCUGUGGACUAAUUCCUCAGCAUCUUAUGCAGGCCUCUUGUCAGCUUCGCUCAAACUGUAACUUCCCCUCACAUGCCCGCAGCCCCCGGGACCCCGCAGCACUCCCCGAACCCGUGGCCCCCUUACCCUUUCCACCUCGCCACUCCUCCCCGCCUGCCUGACGGCCUGACUCCCCCAGAUGCCGCCUCUCACCCUCUCCGGGCAGAGUCGGCCGCUCCUUUCCCAGGCCUCCAGAGCACCUGGCAUAUGGCUCCCCCGGCUCCCAGGCCCUCGCCUGCGGUGAUGUAUUCCUGAGGCCUCGCACUGCACCCAGUAGCAGGAGGCACUUGAGAACUAUUAACUGAGACGGAACUGUCACAGCACAGGGAAAUGUGCUGAUUAAAACAGGGCAGCGCGUUGCAGGAGAGCAUAGGAGGUUUUGAACAUAAAGUAGGAGGCCAGUGUGGGGGAGGGGAAGUCAGCGAGGGAUUGCAGAGUGGAUGUGCUUUUGGUAGCUGGUGUUGAGUAGGGUCUUUGAGGAUUAGGUUGAACAUAAAGAAAUGUGUACCCAAACUUCAGAAAGAUUAAAAGUUUCUAGAAAUCCAGAAGAUAGCAUACUUCUAUGGCAGAGAGCUUUGAAAAGAGGCUUGUAGGGUCAGAAACUCAGAAAUCUAAUUCUUAUAUAGUAAUUCAAGGGAUCAUUGUGUGGAAGGCAGCGGGCAGCAACUGACUUGGCUGCAGAGGAGCGGAUAGGGAAGAUGAGAGCCUGGCCCAGAGAGUGUGGCACAGACCUGCCGGGGGGCGGGGCGGGGCAGCCGCUGGGAAGCCGGAGAAAGUUUGCAGGGGGUAGUGCUUUCUUUGGAGGGGAUUAGAAGACACUUAAGAAGCAGAUCUGCCGUACCCGGAACCUCAAGUACAUAAACCUUCAAAUGCAGAAGAGUAGGUGAAAUAUGGGCAAAGGGAAUUGAAUUGAAGAUAAGUGAAUGGGUAGAAAAGUCACUGAGGCUACUUUUAAGUUCUUUUGCUGGAGUCAGUGACUCCCUAGAUUAAUGAGGGAACUUACAGUGAGGUUUUUAAAAAUUACAGUUUUUAAAAGGGAAAGGAAGCUAGACCCCGUAAUGUCUUCACUUCGGUCUACGGAUCUUGUCAGUGUCGGAUGCUUCUAGGUCGGGUUGUCUACGGGACAAGCAUAAGGGAAAGGAUGGUAAGAGGUGACAUCUGCCAACUCCUCACAGCAGCCCUAGGAGAAGUGGGCUGAAGGAGCCUCUCUUUCAGUUACAAAUUAUAGUUACAAAUUAUCAGAAUAGAUACUGUGCUAAACAGCGGUUACUCAGAGCCAGCUUAGGGUCAGUAAGGAGAAGUCAUGUUUAAUGCAGUGUCCUUCUUCAAUAGAAAUAAUGAUUUUGUUAAAUAAGAAAAGAUCAUGUGCUGGGAAAGGACACUUGACAGGGUGUCCUGUGGUAUCUGUGGAGGUAAGAGAGAGGCACAUGGGCUCGUACAAUAAAUAAGUGGAUUCCCAAGCAGCUGAUGGGUAGAGCCCCGCCCUCCAAGAGGAUGCUGUGUGGCCGUCUCUGUCCAUGACCCCGGCCCAUUCAUUUUUUUAUCAGGUAUUUAAGACCUAAAAGAAUGAGGUUAACCUAGAGCCACAAGUAAUACUAAUUGGUUGGAUGUUACAGGCAAGAUCCAAAAGCUGUCAACCAGUUGGAAUAAUGAGUGAAUCAAGUAAGAUGAAACUCAUGGAAAAGCAUGAUAGUAAGGUUCUGCAUUUGGGCAUAAAAAUCCAGCAGCUCACUUACCUGUGGCACCUAGGAGGGACAGGGCCCAGAGUGACUGGUUCAGCCUGACACUGUGGUGUGAGGACGGCCAGCAAAAUGCUGCCGUGUGCUUUGACCGCAGAGAUGCCAUGUUCCUGUCUUUGUUACGUCUUUCUCCUCACCAGAACAUAACUCCUUGAGGGCACAUCUUGUCUGUCCGUCCACUGCUGCAUUCCUGCCCCCCCCAGCCCCCCGCCAACAGUGCCUGGCACAGACAGCAGUGCUCUGUGAGCACGUGUGGACGGGAUGGAAGAAAUGAAAGGCCUUAUUUCCAGUAUUAUCUACUAUUUCAGAUACCACAAUUUGUACACUUUUCUAAUUAAAAGUAGUGGGUGCUAAUUGCUUUAACUCCAGAAUUUUUUGUUGCCUAAAUGAAGCCCGUGUGGCCCGUGGUACACAUGGUCUUUUGCUGAAAAGAAAAAGUUUUCGAUGAAGAAAAUUUAAAACUGUUACAGAGCGGUGAUAGAGUUUGCACGUCCAUGCUCCCCCUCCGUACCGGAUCGGAAGCGGAGGGGAUAAUGCUGUUUCCCCAGGCUGUGUGACCGAACCGAUGAGGGAGUUUCCAGGAGCGGGAGAUGCACUGUAGCGUGAAAUCGGCGUAGGGACGUGCGCGUGCUGUGCACCCGGGGGUCUAGAGCCGGCCUGGCCCCUCCUCCCUUCCUGACCGCGAAUUGAGGGAUCCGUUAUAGGAGCUGUUUCUGGAGCGGGGCCUGGGCACUCUGGUGUCGCCUCAGACGCUCCGUUCUUUCCAGGCUCACGAUUUAAAAACUCAUGAGUUUUGGUUCUGUAUGUUCUGACUUAAAUAAAGUGGCCACGUGUAACCAUGACCAGGGGUGGGGACGCCAUCCCCGAGGGGACGAAGCCCAGUGGCACAUCACCAGCCCCCAGGCCUGGCGGGGGCCCAGGGCUUGCUCACAUCGGGUGUGGUGGUGCCGCUGACGGGAGCCGUCAGAAAAGAUUUGAUGUGUUUGUCAGUUCACCUUCCCUGACAGUUCCAGUGAGCUACUGAGUAGAUUCUUCAGAGACGUUAGGUACGUUUACACACACACACACACACACACACACACACACACACACACACACACACACAUUCUCUCUCUGUCUCUCUCUCUCUGAAAACGUAGGUAAAAUAUUGGAAUAGGACUUAAGAGAAUAAACACCGGAUAGCUGUUCUGAAAAUAAAGUUUCAGAAUACAUGUUAACACCUUUUUCUCCUCCUUU